AUGGAUACAUUAGUCUCAACGUACAGUCGGUCGGCCUUCGAGGACGAAGGCUACUCGUCAGACGAACAGCGAGAGCUUGUUCAAGUAACACCUCCAUUAUCACUCAAAUUCGCUCUUCCUCCUAUGCCAAAUCCCUCUGCCUUCCUCCGCGCUCUUACAGAUGACCACGCCAAUCCAAGUUGUCCGAUCAAACUUGCCCAUGGUACCACGACACUAGCAUUCAGGUUCCAAGGCGGUAUAAUCGUAGCCACCGACUCGCGAGCUACAGCCGGGAACUGGAUCGCCAGUCAGACAGUCAAGAAGGUCAUUGAGAUAAAUGAUUGCUUGCUUGGAACGAUGGCUGGCGGUGCAGCUGACUGUCAGUACUGGCUAGCAUAUCUUGGCAUGCAAUGUCGAUUGCAUGAACUUCGCCACAAACGGAGGAUAUCAGUCGCUGCGGCGUCGAAGAUACUCUCCAAUAUCGUGUAUGGCUACAAAGGCAUGGGACUGAGUAUGGGAACUAUGUGUGCAGGUGUGACACCACAGGAAGGUCCAGCAUUAUACUACAUCGACUCAGAGGGUACCCGACUCGCCGGCAACUUAUUCUGCGUUGGCUCCGGUCAGACAUUCGCAUACGGAGUUUUGGACGCAGAGUAUCACUACGACUUGAAAGAAGAUGAAGCUUUAGAGCUAGGGAGGAGAAGCAUCCUAGCUGCUACACACCGAGACGCGUUCUCUGGGGGAUUCAUUAAUCUGUACCACGUCAAAGAAGACGGAUGGGUGAAGCACGGUUUCAACGAUACCAAUCCAAUAUUCUGGAAGACUAAAUUAGAGCGGGGGAGUUUAGCAAUGUCACUUCAGAACUCUGAUUCUUGGUUCCAGGACCUGGAGUCAUAUUGGUUGUACUCGGUGGAUUAG